AUGAAAAUCCUUCUGCUCGUUCUAGUGAUCUAGGUGUUUAGCCAAAGCUGUUUAAGUUCAACAGGAUCAUAAGUUGACUGGUGGCUGAUAUUCAAAUUGCCUGCCGACUCAAGUAUUCCCUAUAGCGGAUUUGAAUACUAUUAUUGUGAUUCACAAAAUGAUUGUUCUGCAAUGAACAUGAUGAGUGAUGAUUUAAGAGAUUAUACAUCUCCCUUACAAAGAACUGUGAGUUAGAUCUCAUUUACUUCGACUACAACAAUGAAUGUAGUAUGGAAUGAUUAACCCUCUGGAAAAUCAACAAUCUCCGAUAGAGCUCAUUCCAAAGGCAUUUUGUCAGCAUCUUCUAGUGGAUAGGGGUUCAUAAUUAACCAUUCGACACCACAAUUCCCUGUUUUUGAUGAUACUCAAAGGUAAUAUUUUGGUAAUAUAAAUUUAGUUAUAUAAUACCUGGAAUGCCAAGCAGUUCUAGUGUUAAUGGGCAACAUUUUUUUUGUGUGACCAUGACAACAUCAUAGAUUAAUGUUGUAGCUGAGCAAUAUAUUAUUGCCUAAACUUUAACUCAGAAGGCCAAUGAGAUUAGUACCUUCGAGUCAACUUAUCCAAAUAUAUUUGCUUUAAGAAAUAAUUCAAGGAAGAUUCCAGCAUAAAACGGAGCUUCAUAGGUUAAGAGCAAGAAUGGAAUGAUCAUUAAUGUUAUUUCUAAGAACCAAAAUUUAGUGGACGACUUUUAUGCUACAAUUGUUGCUCCUACAUUAAAAGUCGGUUUGGUUAUGGAAACAUGGGGUAAUGGAACUGGGGGUCUGUAAGAGGCUGCUUGCACAAAUACUUACCAAACAUAUAGCAAUAUUUAUAGAAAUCAUAAUGUAGAAUAUAAAAUCUAUAUUUAGGGUUAUAAAUUUAAAUAUACAAAAGACCAUUCUAAAUUUGGAAUUUCCGUCCAAAGUGCUAUGCCCUAUGUUUGUAUGUCUGAUUUAAAUAGAAUGACUACCUAAAAUAAAAGAGGAGGAACUACUUUUUGUUUUUUGCAUUCCAAGAUAUGGAAUGUAAUUAAUAAGUCAUUUGUCGAAAGACAAACAUGCUGA